AUGUCAUCCUCUUCUUAUGCUCACCUGACAGGAAAUGACGAAUCGUCUUUUCAUACUCAUCUCGCAGGAAAAGAAAUAACCCAGAAUCGGAAUUGGAUGGAAAACCUACCACACGAUGUGGUUGUGGCUAUAAUGCAAAAGGUUGGAACCAUUGAUAUACUGAAUAACAUUCAGAAUGUGUGCGUCUCGUGGCGUAAAAUUUGCCAAGAUCCUGCUUUGUGGAAAUCCAUAGACAUGCAUCACUUUGGCGAUCUAUUAGAUCGUGAUGUUCUUGUCGAGAUGACCAAACACGCAAUUGACAGAAGUUGUGGACAAUUGAUUGAUAUAAACCUUGUGUAUUUCGGCAAUGACGAUCUCCUCAAGUAUAUUACAGACAGGAAAAAUCAGUUGAGACGCCUUAGAAUUGUAAUGUGUCGGGACAUUACAGACGAGGGAUUAAGCGAAGCUUCUGAAAAUCUGUCAUCCAUUGAAGAACUCCACAUUUAUCUUGGUGACAUUUCUCUUUUAAAAUACAUCACACAUGUAGGUCUAUACAAUGUUGGGUGCAACUGCCCUGUUCUGAAAUCGCUGACAUUUAAUCAACAAGGAGCUAUGAUGGAGUCAUAUGAGCAUGAUUUUGAUCCCAAUACUGAAGCAUUGGCUAUCUCAAGGACUAUGCCUCAGUUACGUCACCUCAGCCUCUUUGGGAAUCAUAUGACGGACAUAGGUCUUCAAGCCAUCCUCGACGCCUGCCCUAGUCUAGAAUCGCUCGAUCUUAGGAAGUGCUUCAAAAUUAACUUGUCUGGUGAGUUGGGUAGAAGAUGUUCUUUCAUAAAGACACUCAAGCUCCCAAAUGAUUCUACUAAUGAUUAUGACUUCGAUUACCAAGGAUAUGAAUUCUACUAUUCCUAUGAUGAUGAUGAUUACAGUUGA